AUCUUUUUACAUUGCAAUUGAAGGACGACAGACACAUCUCCGUACUUGAUCAUACUUUCAAAAGCGUCUCUCUACCUGGAAAUCAGCCACCAUGACGAAGGGUCGCGUCUGCCUUGCCUACUCGGGCGGUCUGGACACCUCCACCAUCCUGAAAUGGCUCAUCAACGAGGGUUACACCGUUGUCUGCUUCCUUGCCAACGUUGGCCAGGAGGAGGAUUGGGAUGAGGUUGAGAAGAAGGCCCUGGCUCUUGGUGCUGAGAAGAUGGUCAUCCUCGACCUCCAGAAGGAGUUCGUUGAGGAGGUGGUGUUCCGCGCCAUUCAAUGCAACGCAAUCUACGAGGACCGAUAUCUUCUGGGAACCUCUCUCGCUCGACCCAUCAUCGCACGCUCACAGGUGCGCGUUGCCCAGGAGAACAACUGUGAUAUCCUGUCCCAUGGCUGUACCGGAAAGGGUAACGAUCAAGUGCGCUUCGAGCUCGCUUGGAAGGCCCUUGCACCUUCGGUGAAAGUGAUUGCACCAUGGAGGAUCCCCGAGUUCAUUGCCAAGUUCCAGGGCCGCAAUGAUCUGCUCGCCUACGCCAAGGAAAACAACAUCCCUGUUUCUUCAACUCCCAAGGCUCCGUGGUCAAUGGACGAGAACUUGGUUCACUGCAGCUACGAAGCCGGAAUUCUGGAAGACCCUGACCACACCCCACCUAAGGAGCUGUGGAAGAUGACCGUGGACCCUAUUGACGCCCCAGACAAGCCAUACCACUUCACCAUUUUCUUCGAGAAGGGUAUCCCCGUCAAGGUUGUCACAGAGGACAAGAAGGAAGUCACUGACUCCGUUGAGCUCUUUAAGCUUCUCAACAAGAUCGGCCACGAUCAUGGUGUUGGCCGUGUCGAUAUUGUCGAGAACCGCUUUAUCGGCUUGAAAUCUCGUGGCUGCUAUGACACCCCUGGUCUUACGAUUGCCCGCCUUGGGCACAUCGAUGUUGAAGGCCUUGUCAUGGACUCCAAAGUCCGAGAGCUUCGUGACCAGUUUGUCACCAUCUCGUGGGCUCGCCAGCUCUACAACGGCAUGUACUUUUCGCCUGAGCGUGAAUUCGUCGAGAACUCAAUCAUCUUCAGUCAGCAGAAUGUCAACGGUCAGGUCCGCAUGAUGGCCUAUAAGGGCAAUGCCUAUACCUUGGGCCGCAGCAGCGAUUCGAGCAAUUUGUACAGCGAGGAGGAUGCCUCAAUGGACUCGCUAGACACCUUCUCGCCUUUGGAUACAACUGGAUUCAUCGCUAUCAACGCGAUCCGCCUCCAGAAGUACGGCGAGGCCAAGAUUGCUCAGGGUCAACCUCUUGCUAAGCAAUGAAGAGCUGUUGUGUUCCCAUGCCAUUUUUCAUGUUCAUACGAGAAGGACCUUCACAAAGUUUGACUUUACAACCAGAAGAAAUAUCGGUACAAUUGAUGGCAAAUUUCCGCAGGGUCCCGUAAUAGCAGGAGACGGCCGCAUGAGUGGCAAUCACUAAGCAGUCAACAAUGACACAAUCUAACAGACCAUUGGUUAUGUUUUCUCGUCCUCCCACACUUAAUGCCGGACACACGCCAUGAAUCUUGGCAUCCGU